CGGUUGUCCGCCAUUUUAGGUCGAAAGAGUGACAGAUGGGCACAGCGAGGGGAAGAAGUUCAUCUUUCUCAAGAUUCAAUUAAUUUACCAGGAGACGCACCGCCAAAAGUGUGCUGCUGCUGCGACAGGGUCUCCCACGGAAGCAUCGGAGAACGAGGAAGCGGACGUCGUCCUCCCCCAAGGAGGCCCACCUCGAGGAGCCCAGCCACGGCACCACGGUCCCCCGGCCCGGAGUCUAAUGCUGGUGGAGGAUGAGUCCCGCGAUCGAGGGCAUGCAGGCAGAGGAGCAGCACUAUUCCAGCAAGGGGGUCCUGCUUGAGCCCUUUGUGCACCAGGUGGGGGGCCACUCGUGCGUGCUGCGCUUUGGGGAGCACACCAUCUGCAAACCCCUCAUCCCCCGCGAGCACCAGUUCUACAAGAGCCUUCCGACCGAGAUGAGGAAGUUCACACCGCAAUACAGAGGUGUGGUGUCCGUGAGCUUCGAGGAGGACGAAGAGGGCAACCUUUGCCUCAUCGCCUACCCUCUGCACAGUGAGCAGGCCGACCUGGAGAACGUGGACCCCACGGCCGACUGGGAGCCCAAGCAGAAGCUGCUGAAGUGGAGCAACAAGAAGCCGCCCGCCAUGGUGCUGGAGAACGACAACUACGGCAAAGAGAGGGCCAGGCAUGGGCGGAAGGAGGACAAGAUGAAGAGCCACAACCGUGAGGAGGACUUGGAUUGGCUACAGCAGCCUGACGUGCUGUACUACAGCCUGGAGAAGCGCAACGCUGUGCCGCAGGUCAAGCACAACCCCUGGAGCCUCAAGUGUCACCAGCAGCACCUGCAGAGGAUGAAGGAAAACGCGAAGCACCGAAACCAGUACAAAUUCAUUCUGCUGGAGAACCUCACGUGGCGGCAUACCGUUCCGUGCGUGCUCGACCUGAAGAUGGGCACGCGACAGCAUGGAGACGACGCCUCGGAGGAGAAGAAGGCCACCCAGAUCCGCAAGUGUCAACAGAGCACGUCGGCCAGCAUCGGCGUGAGGCUGUGCGGCAUGCAGGUGUACCAGUCGGACUCAGGGCAGCUCAUGUUCAUGAAUAAGUACCAUGGACGCAAGCUGACACUGCCGGGCUUCAAGGAGGCGCUCUUCCAGUUCUUCCACGACGGGCGGCGCCUGCGGCGGGAGCUGCUGUCCCCCGUGCUGCGCCGCCUGCGGGAGAUGCAGGCGGUGCUGGAGGCCUGCGAGUCGUACCGCUUCUACUCCAGCUCGUUGCUCAUCAUCUACGACGGCGAGCGCCCCCGCGCCCGCCACCGGCACCGACACCGCGGGGGUGAGGAAGGGGAGGAGGACGAAGACGACGAGGAAGAGGAGGAAGGCGGAGCCUUCGGAUAUCCCUGCGGCGGAGGCGCCGAGGAAGGCCCCAUGGUGGACGUGCGCAUGAUCGACUUUGCUCACACUACCUGUCGGCACUACGGGGAGGACAGCGUGGUGCACGAGGGCCAGGACAGCGGCUACAUCUUUGGCCUGCAGAACCUCAUUACCAUCAUCUCCCAGCUGGAGGAGCACAGUGCCGAUUAGCCUGGCGAUAGCCUCACCCACCACUAAAGCCAUGCCUCCACCUGGACAAGAAGGAGGGAGCCACCAGCCGACCAAAAGGGACAGCCCCCGUGGCGCCCCGCUAGCUGUCCGUUUCCAUGUUGGUGUCAUCACAGUUGUCUUUACUUUGGGUCGGCGGACAGUAACUGUUCUGUGGUCUGUGACAUCUAGAGUUCUCCUUACGCUGUUUUUCUCCUUCCCUUCUUUUUACUCUAAUAAAAGAAGAUGAUUAACAAGCAAGAUAUGCGGGGGGGGGGGGGGGAAGCUGUUUUGGGGUCUUCAUCACUGCAGAUCCUCUUUCAUGCUGUUGCCAAGCGGUUCUGUCUGCUUCUGUCACAUGUCUCACCCAUUUGCACACCGAACCCACGCGCACGCACUCACCCCCCCCACCCAAGAAAUACCACGGUCCCUGAAACUGACCUGAGCACAUGGGAAAUGGGGAGAGAAAGGAGAGACCGCUUGGCUUACAGGAGAAGAAAAGUCCCCUUUCCUCCACGUCCUGGACGUGCCGGUGCCCAUUUUCCUCUCCCCACAUUUUUCUGGACACCAAUCAAAUGACGGAGAAAACGGAGAGGAGAGAAUAGAGAAGGGCGUGUUCAUCGUGUUCGUAUUUCUCUUUGUUCCGACCCCGGAAAUCGUCUCAAAGGACGAGAAUAUAUUAUUCCAGCCAUAGAAAAGUAGAGGUUAUAUAGAUCUAUUUAUUUGAAAUAUUUUGUACAUAAUUUAAAGAUAAAAAAAACUGAAAAUGGACAUACGGAGACUACAUUCCACAUUAUUAAUGUUAUAUUAAUAUUAUUAAUGAAUAUUGAUGUUUGACAGGUUCACAUAGCUUAUAUACCUGAGUGCAUACAGUAUUGGAGGAUGAAUAAAGACACAUUUUGUUUGUGGUAAA